AUGGACGUGAGUGCCGCGGGCAUGUUCGAUCAAAUGACACAAAUCGAUAGAUUUAUUCCCACGCAAGUUCAAGUUACACACUUGAACUUUCGUGGCCGCGUGCAUGAACGUAAAUCGCGUGGAAAGUCGAGCGUAACCGACAACACUGGUCGCUCGCAUCGUCGUCUCACCACUCCACGACCUGAAGCUGUCGUUUGCAAAGCAAGGCAAAGUGUAGUAGUGCCCAUAGAAUGCAAUGUGGACAGACAAGCUGGAGAGACGUCAGCCAGCAAGCCGACCAGCCACGAAGGGGAUUUAUUGGAUCCGAAUGGGAAUGGGACUGUCACCCAGGAGGCGCCGGUGACGCCCGAGACGCUUCCGGAACAUCGCCGAAGUCGCUAUAGUCAUAAACAGCAGUAA